CAUCCUUGGCCCAGUCCAAAAAAUAUGUCUUCGUAAGAUCAAAGAUGGUCUUAGUGUUUCUCAAGGGUUUUUGGGUUUCUUGCUCUGUUAGUAAUAAAAUUUUGUUAAUAAGAUUCCUUACGUAACUUAGAAACUGUUCGCCAAAUUACCAUAUCACACAACCCUCAAAAUAUGUCGUCGGAGGAACCAUCCCAGAAUCCCACCGUCGAUGAGAGCUCCGAGAAGAAGCUAUCCAAGAAAGAGACCGCGAAGCAUGCGCGCCUCCUCGAACGUCAAAAAGCCGCCGCAGCAUCUGCUGCAGCCGCCGUUUCGGCCGUUGCCCUCGAAGGCGACGAGGACCCCUUGAGGACGAAUUACGGCGAUAUCACGUUGAAAGAGUUGGCAUCAUCAAAACCAAUCUCCGGGAAGAAGAAGAGGACGCUUGUACAAGAUUUGAAUGACGGGUUGAAGGGCAACAUGGUGGUAGUACGUGGCCGCGCGCAGGCGAUCAGGGCCGUGGGGAAGAAGAUGGCGUUCCUCGUUGUUAGGAGACGAGGCUGCACGGUUCAAUGCAUCUUGACAGUGUCCCAAGAUUUGGUCAGCUCGCAGAUGGUGAAGUUCGCCACUAGCUUGACCAGAGAGAGUAUUAUCGAGAUCGAAGGGCUCGUCUCCCUGCCGGCUCAACCAAUUACCGGUGCCACUCAGCAGGUGGAAAUUCAAGUGAGGAAACUUUAUUGUGUGGACAGGGCUGCUCCCACACUGCCGUUUAACUUCGACGAUGCAGCUAGAAGCGAUGUCGACAUAGAAAAAGCUUUACAGGCAGGUGAGCAGCUCGUUCGUGUGAAUCAGGAUACUCGUUUGAACUACAGAUUUCUUGACAUCCGCACUCCCACUAAUCUCGGAAUUUUCCGCCUUCAGUAUCAAAUUCAGAAAGUAAGUCGAGUUCAUUUUCGAGCUCGCCAUUUUUUCGGGAUCCACACCCCGAAAACAUUAGCAGGUUCUAGUGAAGGCGGUUCGGCCGUAUUUAGAUUAGAUUAUAAAGGGACGCCUGCAUGCCUGGCACAAUCACCUCAACUUCAUAAGCAACUAUCCAUCUGCGGCGAUUUUGACCGUGUCUUUGAGAUUGGUCCCGUGUUUAGAGCCGAAGACUCUUUCACGCAUCGACACUUGUGCGAAUUUACUGGUCUCGAUGUCGAAAUGGAGAUUGACGAGCAUUACUCUGAGGUGAUGGACAUUGUUGACCGCUUAUUUGUGACGAUGUUCGACUUUUUGAAUGAGGAAUGUUCGGAGUUGCUUGAAGUCAUCAAUAGGCAAUACCCCUUUAAGCCUCUUAAGUACUUGCGUAAGACCUUGCGUCUUUCCUUUGAAGAGGGGAUUCAAAUACUGAAGGAAGCCGGCGUCGAAGUUGAUCCCCUUGGAGAUCUCAGCACGGAAACAGAGAGAAAGCUUGGCCAACUUGUACUUGAAAAGUACGACACGGAGUUCUAUAUCCUUUACCGCUACCCUCUGUCUGUUCGACCAUUCUAUACGAUGCCUAGUCAUGAUGGUACGGAGUACAGCAAUUCAUUUGAUGUUUUUAUCCGAGGGGAGGAAAUUAUAUCGGGCGGUCAGCGUGUGCACGUGGCCGAUUUAUUGAGGGAGCGAGCACAAGCAUGUGGAAUCGAUGUCACGAGCAAGACAAUCUCUACAUAUAUUGAUUCUUUCAGGUACGGGACUGCGCCACACGGCGGAUUCGGAGUGGGAUUGGAGAGGGUGGUGAUGCUCUUCUGUGCGCUAAACAAUAUCCGCAAAACAUCUCUUUUCCCUCGCGAUCCACAGAGAAUUGUUCCGUGA